UUAUGGCUUAUGUUUAUACUUUAUCUCUUUAUUAUAGGGUCCAUUGCCAAAGGAAGACUUUAAUACCAAAGAUACAAAGCCGAGUUGCCUGCAGAACAAAUGAACAACUCUGGUUUGGGGAAGACCUUUAUAGUGUUCCUCUCACACACACACACGUCUAAGUUAUUGGGGGUUACCAUUAUAACUUGAAACAGAUGUCUGACCUCAGCAUGCCUAGCUGAUGACAUCAUUGAAACUUCUCCAUGAACCAUAUGAUGUCAUGGACAAACCUACAGUACAUCUUCUAAAACCAGAUGAUGUCAAAGACAAUUGUCCAGUUUCAACUAAAAUGUUAAUUAAUUCAAUGGAAACUUUAAAGAGAUUUCAAGAACCAGAUGAAGCCAGUCCUUCAGAGGAUCCUCCAAAAACAGAUGAUGCCACGGACAGUCCUUCACAGGAUCCUAAAACAGAUGAUGCCACGGACAGUCCUUCACAGGAUCUUCCAAAAACAGAUGAUGACACUGACAGCCCUCCAGAGGAUCUAACAAAAAAAGAUGAUGCCACAGACAGCCCUUCAAUGGAUCUUCCAAAAACAGAUGAUGCACAGAAUCUUCCAAAAACAGGUGAUGCCACUGACAGCCCUCCAGAGGAUCUAACAAAAAAAGAUGAUGCCACUGACAGCUCUCCAGAGGAUCUAACAAAAAAAGAUGAUGCCACAGACAGUCCUUCACAGCAUCCUAAAACAGAUGAUGCCACAGACAGCCCUCCAGAGGAUCUACCAAAAAAAGAUGAUGCCACAGACAGUCCUUCAGUGGAUCUUCGAAAAACAGAUGAUGCACAGAAUCUUCCAAAAACAGAUGAUGCCACUGAUAUCCCUCCAGAAGAUCUAGUAAAAAAACCAGAUGAAGCCACGGACAGUCCUUCAGAGGAUCCUCCAAAAACAGAUGAUGCCACGGACAGUCCUUCACAGGAUCCUAAAACAGAUGAUGCCACGGACAGUCCUUCACAGGAUCUUCCAAAAACAGAUGAUGACACUGACAGCCCUCCAGAGGAUCUAACAAAAAAAGAUGAUGCCACAGACAGCCCUUCAAUGGAUCUUCCAAAAACAGAUGAUGCACAGAAUCUUCCAAAAACAGGUGAUGCCACUGACAGCCCUCCAGAGGAUCUAACAAAAAAAGAUGAUGCCACAGACAGUCCUUCAGUGGAUCUUCCAAAAACAGAUGAUGACACUGACAGCCCUCCAGAGGAUCUAACAAAAAAGGAUGAUGCCACUGACAGCCCUCCAGAGGAUCGAACAAAAACAGAUGAUGCCACGGACAGUCGUUCAGAGGAUCCUCCAAAAACAGAUGAUGUCACAGACAGUCCUUCACAGGAUCCUAAAACAGAUGAUGCCACGGACAGUCCUUCACAGGAUCUUCCAAAAACAGAUGAUGCCACUGACAGCCCUCCAGAGGAUCUAACAAAAAAAGAUGAUGCCACUGACAUCCCUCCAGAGGAUCUAACAAAAACAGAUGAUGCUGUGGACAGUCCGCCAAAGGAUCUUCCAAAAACAGAUGAUGCCAUGGAUGGCCCUCCACAGGAUCUUCCAAAAACAGACGAUGCCAUGCAAAAUCCCUCAGUGAAUCUUCAAAAAUCAGACAAUGUCAUGAAAUGUUCUUCAAGAAAACAUCAAGAGCCAAGUGUAAUUUGCGCUCCUAUUAUGAAACAUGUAACACAGCCAAAGAAAAUGAGACAUGAUCAUGCAACUGGAAGUGUAUCACAUGUUCUUUCAGGUGAAUUGUCUCAAAGCAUUACUGGUAAGAAAACACAGCCCUAUCUCAUCACAAAACAUGGCUGGACAUCCUGGAUGUCUUCUUCAAAUAGAUAGCAUCAUGGAUUCUAGCAAAUAUCAACUGAUAAAAAAUCUAAUCCCAACUGUCCCUGUUAGAAGUCAUAAAAGGGGCCUAGGUUGUAUCUUUUA